CAUCUCGAACUCAGUACUCAGUAGAACUCAGUAGUUAACUGUGCUCGUCACUGAUCAGUCGACAAAGUUGAUAUAGGUACGCUGGUGUUGUAUUUUUGUAGAAAAAUACAUAAUAUUUUUUUGUUUGGAUAUUUUCUUUCUUCAUUUUAUUUAAAUUAAUUCGAAACGAUGGCAAGUUCAACCCUAGAACCAGGUCAGAUUAUCAAGCCAAUCAUCGACCAUGAGGGAGUGAAGUCACUGGCCGAGCGACUGUACGGUAUCUCAGUCUUAGAGCUGAAGGAACUGAACGGCUACGAUGACAAGAACUACAAGAUUGAGGAGGACCCUAACGUGAAGAACCCGUUGAUCACGUCACACAGCGAACAUGGAUAUGUGCUGAAGAUCAUGAACUCUAUAGACUCACAAAACCCGUCCGUCGUCGAGGCCCAGAAUGAGAUUAUGAACUUUUUGGGUACUCGCUCCAUCACAUGUCCGAAACCAAUCCGCAACGUGUAUGGUCACCUGCACUCCAUCGAGAACAUUGGAGGCAAACAGCACGCCGUGCGCCUGCUGGAGUACGUGCCUGGCGAGCUGCUGCAGGGAGUGCCCAAGUCUGAGCAGCUGUACUACCAGGUCGGGGAGUUUGUGGCCAACCUGGAUAAUAAGCUGCAGAACUUCAACCACUCCGGGCUGGUGACUCGCGAGCACACGUGGAUGCUGACCAAGGUACCCGAGCUGGAGAAGUUCAAGUACGUCAUCAAGGAUGCUGAGAAACUGGAACUCGCUGAGGAGGUAAUAGAAGAGUUCAAGUACGCAGUGUUGCCACGACUGGACGAGCUGGAGAAGGGUGUAAUCCACGGAGACGUUAACGAGAUGAACGUACUCGUCGGCCUGAAGGAGGGAGGCAGCAAAUCCGACUACCGAGUGACUGGCAUCAUCGACUUCGGUGACAUCCAAUACUCAUACUACGUGUUCGAGCUGGCCAUCACGAUGACGUAUAUGAUGCUGAUUGCUGGAGACCCUCGCGUCGGAGGCUACGUCCUCGCUGGGUACACGGUCAACAGGCGUCUGCCUGACGACGAGUACAGGCUACUUAAGACAUUGAUCUCAUCCCGCUUAAUCCAGAGUUUGAUUCUUGGGGCGUACACUAUUGAACAGGACCCUAACAACACGUACGUUACAUCGACUGAAAGAGCUAACGGUUGGGAGUUAUUGAAGAAGAUUCGCAAGUCGAAGCCAACGGAAGAUGUCGACCCAACUGACUGGAAAGAAAUCGCCAAUGAAUACUUGACCAGGAGCUAAUUUCCUCAGUAACAGAAGUUUAUUGUUUGUACAAAUUAUUUUAAAAGUGUUUGUUAUUGUAUUAUUCUUUUAUUUUAAGGUUUUGGAAGAUAUUUAUGAUAUUCCAAGGCCCAGGAGCCGAACAAUUUUUAAAUAUUAUGGAUAAUAAUAAUAAUAAUUGAGAUCAAUGCAAUGUAGUAGAAAUUAAGAUGUAUUAAUUAGAACUUAAAGUUAAUGUAUUAAUGUUCGUUUUUCAAUGUCGUCGUAGUGUUUCGUUUACAUACUAGGUAUGUUUUUAUAGAUGGUUUAAAAUUCCAAUGUUAAGAGUCGUUGUAUUAAAUAAAGACUAUUUAUUAAACACAACAUA